AUGAAGACAUGGAAAUGGCUGUGUUUGUUCAUUGUAUUUAUACUUUUGGUGAGAGGAGAAGGGAAAUUGAGGGAGAAUUUUUACAGUUCAACUUGUCCAAAUGUAGAAGCCAUUGUUCGGCAGGCUGUGGCCACAAAGUUAAGCCAAACAACCAUUACAGUUCCGGGCACUCUUCGUCUCUUUUUCCAUGACUGUUUUGUUGAGGGAUGUGAUGCCUCUGUUCUUAUAGCUUCACCAAAUAAUGAUGCUGAAAAGGAUGCUCCAGAUAAUCUUUCCCUGGCCGGAGAUGGCUUUGAUACUGUGAUCAAGGCUAAACAAGCAGUUGAGGCACAGUGCCCCGGGGUAGUAUCAUGUGCGGACAUUUUAGCCAUUGCUGCUCGAGACGUGGUUGUUUUGGCAGGAGGCUUUCCAUUCGAUGUGGAACUGGGAAGGCGAGAUGGACUAAUCUCUAAAGCAUCUCGAGUUUCUGGAAACUUACCAGAGCCGAAAUUUGAUCUCAACAGCCUCAAUACUAUGUUUUCCAAACACAAUCUCUCGCAACUUGAUAUGAUUGCACUGUCAGGAGCUCACACUGUUGGUUUUUCCCACUGCGAUCGUUUCACAAACCGCAUUUACUCGUUUUCACCAUCAUCCCCUGUUGAUCCAACCCUGGAUCCUAAUUUUGCACAGCAGUUGAUGCAAUCCUGCCCGCAAAACGUUGAUCCAUCCAUAGCUAUUAACCUCGAUCCUGUUACUCCUCAAACUUUCGACAAUGUAUACUUUCAGAAUCUGGUUGGAGGGAAAGGACUGCUCACUUCGGAUCAGGUUCUGUUCACCGACCCAGCAUCCCAACGUACUGUAAAUGAUUUCGCGAGCAACCCCUCCCUCUUCAAUGGAGCUUUUAUCACUGCGAUGAGGAAGCUUGGCAGGGUGAGUAUGGACAAUCUUUGUCCUAUACUCAAGAAUCAUGCUCAAAACAACUGCAACAAUGCAAAGUCCAGACAUUAUCCAGGUAGCCAAGAAGUAGAAAAUGGCACCUUCACUCACAAAGAGAACUUGAUAAAACUGAUUUCAAAGUAUGUUGUCCGUGAUGGAGGCCAAGCCAUUGUUCGGCAGGCUGUGGCCACAAAGUUAAGCCAAACAUUCGUUACAGUUCCGGCAACUCUUCGUCUCUUUUUCCAUGACUGUUUUGUUGAGGGAUGUGACGCCUCUGUUCUUAUAGCUUCACCAAAUAAUGAUGCUGAAAAGGAUGCUCCAGAUAAUCUUUCCUUGGCCGGAGAUGGCUUUGAUACUGUGAUCAAGGCUAAACAAGCAGUCGAGGCACAGUGCCCCGGGGUAGUAUCAUGUGCGGACGUUUUAACCAUCGCUGCUCGAGACGUGGUUGUUUUGGCAGGAGGUCUUCCAUUCGCUGUGGAACUGGGAAGGCGAGAUGGACUCGUCUCCAAAGCAUCUGGAGUUUCUGGAAAUUUACCAGAGCCGAACUUUGAUCUCAACAGCCUCAAUUCUAUGUUUGCCAAACACAAUCUCUCGCAACUUGAUAUGAUUGCACUGUCAGGAGCUCACACCAUUGGCUUUUCCCACUGCAAUCGUUUCGCAAACCGCAUUUACUCGUUUUCACCAUCAUCCCCUGUUGAUCCAACCCUGGAUCCUAAUUAUGCACAGCAGUUGAUGCAAUCCUGCCCGCAAAACGUUGAUCCAUCCAUAGCUAUUAACAUGGAUCCUGUUACUCCUCAAACUUUCGACAACGUAUACUUUCAGAAUCUGGUUGGAGGGAAAGGACUGUUCACUUCGGAUCAGGUUCUGUUCACCGACCCAGCAUCCCAACGUACUGUAAAUGAUUUCGCGAGCAACCCCUCCGUCUUCAGUGGAGCUUUUAUCACUGCGAUGAGGAAUCUUGGCAGGGUAGGUGUUAAAACUGGAAAUCGAGGAGAAAUAAGGUUGGAUUGUACAAGGUUCAAUUCAUAA